AUGAAUAAAGAUCUAGCAUGUAUUCAAGGAAAUUCAAGAGUUUAAUCAAGAUAACAAGACUCUUAGCAGCAAGAUGGGAUGUCUUAGCCUUAUAAAUACCACAAUAAUUAUAAUUAGUCAAGACCAGGAUCAUUUGGGAAGGAUGUUAUAUUUUUUAAGCAAAGAAUUCUAUAAGGGAAAGCAAUUAAUGCCUUAUCAAACAGUAAUACUAAUGCUCCAGAUAACAGUAGCAGCACCUAAAUAGGCUCAAAUUCAUAAAAUGGGUUUAGAAAAAAUUUCGACAUGAAACCUUCUUAUUUUACUUUUAAAAGGCCUCUAACUCACAGUUUUUCUCAAAAGAUUUUGAAAUAGCCUGGCAGAAUCGGUGAUGGUCAUGGAGGAGGAAUGAGUGGCGGGGGAUUUAGUUAGUCAAUUAUGAACGACACUCAAAAGAACUGGAUGGGUACUUAGGGAGUUGUAGAUGAAGGGGGUUCAGAUGAAAAUGAAGAAAAUGGCUAACCUAAAGUUCUCUAUUCAAUGAAGUAAUUAAAAUAGUUACAUCAUUUCACAAACUAUGGCUAAUGGAAUACUACUCAUUCGAGAGUUCCAAUGGAUACCUAUCAAAAAGGAAGAUUUGCAUUCAAGACAGGUGGCUAUCCGAAUUCUAUGCCAUUAAACAUGAAAAUUGAUGAUUAAGUUGUAGCUGAUAAGAACAUAAGAGAAAAGAUUGAAGUAAUUGAUUAAAUAGAUUUGAAGGAAACUUAAAAAGGUAGUCAAAAUGAGUAACCUGAAAAGUUAUAAAUAGAAGAGGUUAAAAUACUACGAACAUCUGAGAUAUUGCCACCUUCUAAUUACAGAUAGAGUAUUAAUACUAUCGCAAUGUCCUCUUAAUUCUAAGAGCCUAUCAUGGAUGUUAGAGUAAUUUUUGGAAAGAGCUAAGAGCUACAGAAUUCAAUGAAAAAGUCAAGAACUUUAAAGCGGAACUACCUCAAACAAACAUUCACAACAGCAAAGAAAUAACAUAAUAAUAAUCAUCUUUCCAAUAACUUACUUAAAUUAAAAGAUCCUAAUUAAAAAGAGAUUUAGAACUUACCCCUUAUAAGUGAUUUCAAGGAUUUAAUUAAGAGCUAAUACAGAACAUAAACUAGCCCAGCUGGUGCUACUUAAUCUAAUAAUAACCAAAGAUCCAGUUCAUAGCCGGCUGUAGAAAAUACAGAUCUUCUCUAAUCUUAAAACCCUAAUGAAUAAUCAGUGGAGGGAGAAGUAAAUCCAGCAGACAGUCUUCAUCAACUCGGUAGUCCAAAUGUUUAUGGAAAAUUAUUCAUAGUUUCAAACAAGAUAAAGCAUGUAGAAGAAUAUCAAAGAGUUUUGGAAUCUAAGAACUACCAUUAAUAUAAGAUCUUGCUCAUGAAGAAUAAAAUCAAAGUAAUGGACAAAUACCUCUCUUAACUUAAGCCAAUUGUGUGCCUAAACUCUAUUCGAUCCAUUUAUAAAAAACAGUCUGAAAACAAUGAGCAGCUUACUCGAAAAAGGAUUUUAAUUAAGUAUCUGGAAAGGUUGUUUGAUCAGAAGAUGCAUGAUCACUUUAGAGGUCUGAAUUAAAAAGAUGAUAAAAUUAUAACAGAAGAGGUAAGACGCGAGAUUAUAAUGGCCUUAGCUGAAAAUAUCCUUAGUGGAUAACUUGAUAGUGAAGAUGGUAAUACAGAGCGCUAAAUAGAUGAAAUUUUAAAUAGGUAUGGACUUAAACGACCUCCAUAAAGACUAUUUGACUGA